CUAGUGUACUUGUUACUUCCAUACCUUUUUGGUGUACCUAUUGUUAUAUAUUAUAGAUAGGUUGUGUAUCGUGAAACCAGUUCCCGAGAUGGGAAUCUCCUGUGACUCAUGCCUAUACAACGCAGUGACUGUAAUGAACUGUCAUAGAAUGCGUGUCUAAAAAUUUGGCUUUGUGUUCGGGAUCUGUCAAAGAUACUGUACUGUUUUUGUAAUUGUAGAGGUGGUUGUAUGAGUGAUUUGAUUAAAAAAGUGUCUAAAAUAUUUUGAUAUGUGUGUGCGUAUCCAUUGAAUCCAAAAAAGUUGUGGAAUAUUAGUGAUUUCAGUAGAAAAGUGCACUGGAUUUGGGUUUCCGUUAGGUUUAUUUGGAAAAUCUUGAAUCUAAUAAAAAAUUGUAAUCAUUCUAGGUAGAAUAUGUCUAAAACGUUGUAAACUUUGAGUGAUUUUUAGUAAAAAUUGAAUUGUUAGCGGUAGUGUUUGGAAUUUGGAAAUUUUGAAUCUAGUGAAAAAGAGACUUAUUGAUAUUUAGUACUAGAUGGAAUAUGGGUGAUUUAAAUAGAAACGUGAAUUGUUUUAGCGGUUUCCAUGUGUGCGAUAGUGUGUGCGAUGCGAAAUAUCACAUUUAUCGGAAUUGCGUGAAGGCGAAAAAGAAAAUUAAAGAGAAAAUAUUCGAUUUUGACAGUUUAAGAAAAUGUGGCCUAAACGUGCAAGAUGACACUGGCUAUACUCCGCUUCACCAUGCAUGUCUCAAUGGUCAUACAGAGGUAGUCCGCCUUCUUCUGUCAGCUGGUGCGUCGCCGUCCGUCGUGGACAAGACGGGCGCAUCACCCCUUCACCUAGCGGCGUGGAAGGGCGACUCAGCCAUUGUUACCAUGUUGUUAGCUCAUAAUCCACCUGUAAAUAUAGAUUUAGUGACAGCGAACCAAGAAACGCCGCUAAUAAUGGCGGCGCAAUAUGGCUCAGUGAACGUGGUUGCUCAAUUGGUGGACAGGGGGGCUGACGUCACUUUGCGAAACGUUAAGGACGAAUCAGCUCUGGACCUGGCCGCUCAAUAUGGCAGGUUGCCGACCGUGAAGCAUUUGUUGGCUACACAUCCAACGUUGGUGCACCAGUACAAGUACCCUAAUUGGAGGGUACACAAGUUCUACUCCACCCCCCUACAUAGAGCCGCCAAAAAUGGACAUGUGGAGGUUGUCCAACUCCUACUAGCAGCGGGCAUAGACCCCAACAUACGCACAAACUCCGGCACCCCACUACACGAAGCUGCCUGCUUCGGCAAGGCUUCAGUAGUGAGGAUAUUAUUAGAAGCGGGUGCAGACCUGAACGAAGUGGAUGGAAGAGACAAGACUGUUGAAGAACUCCUUGCUGAUUAUUCAGAAGAGGCAACGAGGCGAGUGAGACGAGCGAUAAGAGAAUUCAAAAACUCGUCGAGAAAUAACUACGAAAGUGAAGAGGAACCACGGCCAUACUCAAUACAAGACUGCAGUCCCACCAGCUACCCGCACAUACCCGUAAUGAAAGCCCCAGAGACCCAGAAAAACAAUAACUUAAGUCAUAGCCUAUUAACACCGUCUUCAUCUUUUGUAACAAAAAAUUCACCCCAGAGUUUCGUUAAAAAGCUUGCUUCAAAAUGCUUGGGCCUCAAAGCAAAAUUUAACUCUGCUCCUAACAUUUCUAAUCAUGGGUUAGAGUCGAAUGUCGAUGGAAAGUUAAAACAUUCAGAUACGAAACAUAGUGCGAACGCGUUGCACAUAGGGAACAGUAAAUUCUUUAAAAUACUGUCGAAAAAGGAGGAAUCAGGUGAUAUACCCUGUAAUGAUGAAUUUGAUACUAUAUCAUUAGAUAGAUUAGGCACGUUAAAUAGAGAUUCGGCUGUCAACAGAAGCAAUAGGAGCUGUCCAGGAUUUAAAACUUCUUUGCCAAAUAUUUCAGAAAAUAAUGAAUUGGGUGAAGAAUCUAUCGCUGAAAGUUUAGUAAAUAAAGACUCCGAGAGCGAUGGCAAGAGUACAAUAAAACCAGCAUCACAAGUUAUAAAGUAUGACACCAAGCAUGCUAUAUUUGAACCAAGAAAAAGGGAUAACAGAAUAUCAAUUACUUCAAAUGUUUCUGUAGAGUCGGCUAAUUUAGUGAACGAAUGCUACGAAUCAUACGAGUUCACAUCGGAUAGUACUCCGAUUUUAAAGCCUAAAUUAACAAAGCCUGCUCCUUUAAAUCCGAAGCCAUCACCAAGAUCUAAUUUAGCAAGUCCAUCGAACAAUGAAAACACAAUUUAUGAAAAUAUAUUGCCAGAAAAAAAUAACUUUAUUCGACCAACCCCUGCAGCAAGAACCUACAUACCAACAAAAGUAGCAGAAAAAGAAGACGAGAAAAAAGUAUUAUACGAAAACAUUUUAAUUCAACCUGAAGUGAAAGCGCCUGAACCACCAAAAAGGAGUUUUAUGAUAAAUACUGAGUCAAAUAAUUCAUCGCCUAGUGUAAGUAGGUCAUCUAGUAUGUCUUCUGAUUCUAUGAUCGAUGAAUCCAAUCUAGAAGAUAUUCUUCUUUCAGAAAAAUCAAGAUCAUUUCGCCAUGGACAAAAAUUGUUGCGUAGAAAAGAGUCUGGAAAAUCUAGUAUUCAUCGAACUCAAUCGAACGCAUCCGAAUUUUCAAAUACAACAGAAGCUAGUGCCAUAGAAAAUGUUGAUUGCAGUGCUGAAAUUGAUGAAAAAUCUAUGUAUGCGUCAAUGGUAGGAACCUUACCCAAUAAAAAAUCCGAGAAAGUAAAGAAAAAAGUUCUUUUUAGGCACAAAACAUUCACGAAUAUUGAACACGAUAGAAACUCAAUGAAAAAUUUCCCGAAACGAGACGAUUCAUUUCUAAAAGAUACUUUGGCGAGCUAUCACAUUCGUGGUACUGGUCACUGUAUUUAUAAGGCUCCCACUGUACAAGAAUUUAUUUAUAUUUUUAACAGAGAAACACUUUACCGGGACGUAGAGCCCUUCACCAAAGUGCCCUAUAGUAAAAGAGAUAGCUAUUUUGAAACAGCUAUAUGCUUUUGUCGGCCCAGACCUCCUAAAAAUCACACUAGUGCCGAAGAUUUAUUAGAUAUUCAGAGCAAAGAAGAAGUGGAAGAAAAGGCAACGAUAGACAUGGAUGCCUUCGUUAAUAAAAUGGAAUUAGUUUCUUCUUCAUUUCAGUGCUUUUGUGACUCCGGAGCAUGUUCACUACACGCUAGCAGACGCGAAUUUCCAACAGAACUAGUUGUUAAAUUCUCUGCAAUAAAGAAAAGUAUAUCUACACCCGAUAUAACUUUAGAGGCUUCUCCUUCUUCGACAGUACAAAAGCGUGGCUUAUUAAAAAAUAAGUCUGUUCCCGCAAAUCUAGAAGAACCUUACGCAGUGGUUAAUAUCGAUGAAGUUGUUAAAAGAAAUGAGGCUAAUGACAGGACAGACACCAAACUCAGUAAUUUAGACAGUCCCACAUAUUACGUUUCAAUGUCACCACAUUCGUCUCUGACAUCGACUGGUCGACCUUACUCUAUUAAAGAUAUAUCUGAAGUAAUUUCUUUAGGAUCUAAUUCAACAUCGACCGGCGCUAAUACAUCUUGUGCUUCUGAUACUUCGCAAUUACACAAAUCCAACUCGGAACACUCUGGCCAUUGGUCGUUACAAUCGUGUAACUCUAACAUCACAGUGGUAUCCGAUGUUUCGUUCAAAACUUGUUUGGAAGAAUCAUCAGAGGAAUCGGAUGCCACGAUACAUUCCGACGACGAAAGUUCCGACGCGGAGACUAUUAAGUCCGACGUCAGUACGACGAAACGCCCUUGGAUACAUAGUAGUUCUUUUAGAUUCGGGAACCGGGAGACUGAGGAUACGAGUAUAAUCGAAGAGGAUAGUUUGGGUUCUGCUAAAUUCGAAUCGUCUUCUUCGAAGUUCGAAAGUGGUAUUAGCGUGGGUUCGGUGAGUUCGUCGUCGGAUUGUGGCGGGGAUAGUGGUGUUCCGGGGGAGGGUUGUGCCGUGUCGCUUGGUGCUUCGCUUGAGCGUGGUGGGGGGGUGGUGGGGCGUGUUCGCAGCGGGUCGGGGCGGCGGCGGUGGGACGAGGCGGAGGGAGCCAGCGAAGGUGACGCGCUCAGCGUCUCGAGCGCUGCGUCUAGCUGUGCUCCGCUUCACAUGACGCAUCACCACGAGUACAGUAAAGUAUCGCCCACCCCUCCCAAGAAGCCUCCCAGAAGGAAUCUGUCAGUGUCCCCCACCCACGUCAAUUCACCAUCUUCCGGCUACAGCUAUGAGCUGAGAGCUCAUGCUCGGAGUCAGGAUGACCUCGACGAGAUACAGGAUGCUAAACAUUACCUCAAACACGGCAGAUCAGUCGACCAAUACGUCGACAGCAAACUGUCCUACUCAGAAUACGAAGAGAAUCACAACUCCACCAGAGCAAUCCCAGUGCCAAACCCUCGACCGAGCUUGAAAAACCGCACACAACCCGUAGCGAUCACGGCUAUGUACGAAAAUGUUGUUAUAAAGGAGCAGAACCCUCGCAGAAAGUUGAGAAGGAACACCUUUGGUCCCCAGCACGAGAACUUCGAAGCGAGAAUGGCAGACAAGAGAGUCAGAAAGUACUCCAACCAAGAAAGGUCUUCCAUGGAAAGUUUACUCGACGAUCAGUCGAUGAACAGUCCAAGCGAAUGUGAGCGGUAUUCCUCAGGGUCGAGGGUGGAUAUUCCGUUGUCGCCAACGCACUAUGAGCAGCCUCCUACUCCCGACCAUCCGCCUCCUUCAGCGAAACAGGCGGAGAACAGCAUACAUGAAAGGAUCAGGCCGUUGAGUCAGGAGUACAAGCGGAGAUCCAUGGUGCGAGACAGUCAAACGGAGACUGAGGUGAGCUUGCUGCGUGCGCCAUCUUCGGUGUCCGUCGCGAGUGGCGCCACCGACCGUAGCGGCAACACCGACAACUGUGUGGAGGAGUAUGUGUGCGAUGUUCCUUUUGCAGGCCUCUUCAAAGGCUCAACCACCACUCUCGACGGUAUCGGUCUCCGGCCAAUGCCAGCCGAGAGGCCGAAGACGUUACGAAAACUCAAGUCAGUGUACGACUCGUCUCCAACAGAGCCGGCGAAUGUGAACAUUAGUAACUUAAGCAGCAAUGGAACGAACACAGAGAGAACGAAUGGAGUCGAAGAAGAAGUUAGGAGAAGAAGCAAUACGACCAGUUCGACGCAGAGCGGGGACAAGUCGCUGUCGAUUCUCAGUCCUUUUGAUGAACAGGAGGAGUGGGCUAAAAUCUCCGAGAUAAUGGCCUCAUUUGGCAGCAAACUAGUCCGAGAAUCGGUCUUCGUAUCAGAAUUGGAACAGGAGUUCACAUCGAGACUUGGCCUGAGUUGUUCUGAGUCCAGCCUAAGUCCUUCAGUAGCUUCGAGUUUAGGACUCUGGCUGUCGGGACUUGGGAUGCACGAUUAUGAAUCUCUGUUCGUGGAAAGCGGUUAUGAUGACAUUGAUUUUAUUAAUGGAAUCCUGAACGAGACUGAUCUACGAGAAAUGGGAAUAGAAGAGAAUGAUAGGCAAAAGAUAUUAGAGUCGGCGAAACAUUUACCUCUUAAAAUAGCAGAAAUAAGCAAUAACCAUAACAAUAAUAAUAUAAGUAAAAACCAAAACGAGUCAGUAGAAGAUUGGCUAAGAACAAUAAACCUAGAACAAUAUAGUGAUACGUUUAGAAGACAUUUGUAUAUAGAUAUGGAUAGAGUAAGAAGAAUAUGGGAAGUCGAGUUGACUGCAGUUUUAGAAAUUAAUAAGCCGGGACAUAGGAAAAGGAUACUGUGUUCGGUUUCCAGUGAACAGAAUGGUCCGGCGAAUAACAUUGAAGAUAUUAAUGCUGAUCUCAAUAAUCUGAAAAACAAUAUCCAACAAUUGAAAGAAGAAAUCAAAGAAAAGUUACCACCCUCAGAGAACCUGAAACCCGUUCCUCCGCCCGUAGUUCCUACGCUAGCACCUCCGGGAGGAGAGACGUUGAAACGGAGUAAGAAGAACCGGCCAGCUCCUCAGCCGCCUAGACCCUCGGAUCUGGAGAUCAGAGCGCCGUCAGAGCUGCUGGUGGGUGUUCCUGGGGCUCUGAAGACGCAAUGGAAACAUCAGCCUUUUGUGCUUGUAACUGGUGCUGUGACUUAUGUUGCUAAUUACCUAGGCUCAACGGUUGUGAAAGAACUACGAGGCACUGAAUCUACGAAGAAGUCCAUUCAGAAGCUGAAGAAAUCUACCAAAGAACCGCGAGACUCUCCCGACAUCAUCCUCUCUAUCACCUACCGAGGUGUCAAGUUCCUAAACACUAUUACUAGGGAGUUAAUCUGUGAGCACGAGAUUCGGAACAUCCACUGCGCCUGCCAAGACGCGGACGACCUCACUCACUUCGCAUACAUCACGAAGGACCAUACUACCAGAAGCCAUUACUGUCAUGUCUUCCGAGUAGCUACUAUGGACCAAGCGACAGAAGUCAUCCUAACAUUAGGCGAGGCUUUCGAAGUCGCAUACCAAAUGGCGUUACGAGAGCAAGCGAAUAGAAUCCGAGUACCUCCAACAGUAACCAAGACUCCCACACACGACCCCAUGACCACAAGCAAUAAGGAGAAAACUAACGUCAACCACGGGAGAUCACAUUCCAUAACGGAGAUCAAGUUGAAUGGUCACCAGUUGAAAAUCGCCCCAAUACCUGCUUCGUUGUCCAACGAAGAUUUCCAGUCUUCCAAGACCUCUGAUGGAUCUAAAAGCCCAAGAACACCUCUCCUCAAAGCUCCAAUAGCAUCCACUGAAGAAUUGUGAGAGCAAAGGUAACGUGCACUGAAUUUUGUUGGACUUUUGUUAUAAUUUUUUUUAAAUAAAGCGUAAAAAUAUUUUUUUCGUGCAUUUCUGUCUAAUAGUGAUCUACGACUUAUGAUGGAUAAGUAUAAUAAAUUAGAAUUUCUCUCAAUAUUUGGUGAAAUAUUUAUAUUGUUUAACUUUGUAGGCAAAUAUUUAUAUUAUAACAUUGAAUCGUUAGAUUUAAAAUUAAUAAUGUCGCUUUGUGGUAUAACCUAGAUAUAAUUCAGAACGGAACCAAUGAUUUCAAAUCCGCAAUUGUUGAUCAAUCUUUUUAUACUUAACACUUCUUCAAAAAAAAUAGUUAAUACAUAUUGUAUUUUGAAAAAUAAAACUUCUAUUUUCGAAAUACAAAGUUGCACGAGAAAUAUAAAAUUUUUGAAAUUGAAUAAUAAUAAAAUAUUUCUUCCCCAAAUACUUAAACCUUAGCGAUGAAAUAAUAUACCUACUUAAUGAGAAUUUUAGCAAGGGUUUUAAUUACCUACGUGUUUCUACAAAAAUAUGACAUUAUUUGAAUAAAAAUGAAUAGUUUCUGUCAUUAGGUUACAAGCUUAUUUAGCUGUUUAUGAAUUAAUAUUAUGAUAAACGUAUCAGGCCUAAUAAAAUUGUCUAAAGAAGAUUUGUCUUCCGAAAAUAAAUCACUUUUGAAUAUAGUAGAUACUUGAUGAUAUAAAACGUUUUAAAUAAAAAAAAUGUAUCGUGCCAGCUUCGUGCUUAUUAAUUAAAAAAAAAAAAACUCUCGAAUCACUAAUGAUAUUAAAUGUGGUAAGCCAAUAAUAAAUGCUACAAAUAAGUGUUUGGGUGUAUCAUUGUUGUAAUUUUCGUAGAAAAGAUGUUAAAAAAUAUUGACGCCUAUUUGUGCAAAAAAUUUAAACUGCAUUGAUAGGGUUUUCAACCGAAAACGAUGUCUUGAAUCUUGAUUAUGUAUAUUUUACUAGACUUGCCAAUACUAUUCAAUAUUUAGGACCUGCGCAGACGAAGGACUAUUGUCCGUGGAGGACAAAUUUAAGUCCCUCAUCUAUACUACCCAUGACCCAUUUUUGUCCUCCGCGGACAAAAAUGGUCCUGUCUGCGUAGGUCCUUAGGUAUUGUGUAUUUGUACGAUUAACGUUUCGAAAAUAAUUCAAUUUUGACACUGCUUUUAUGAACCGUGACCUUAUUUAUGAAAUUUUUGGAUUUUGUACUAUAGUUAGGUAAAUGGGGAUUUUACUAUUGAAUAGUGAAAUUCUAGCGGCUGUUAUAUUUAUAGUAGUUUUUAUUGUAUAUUUUUGUUUUAAUAAGAACUUACGCUUUAAUAUUUUUCUAGACGAGGAAUUGGUUCAUUAUUGCAGCUAUUUUGAUGUAGUUUUUUUAUUCCAAGUAAAUAUAAUAAUCAUUUUGUCAUUAGGGAAGUUUGUGUGUACAUUGAAGAUUUUUCUAGGAGUAUUUUGCAAGCUAGUCCAAGCCAAAAAAACUCUAAAUUGUCAAGAUAAAUACGCAUAGUAUAAAAAGAUCGUAUUAUACCUACUGAUCCCACAACCUUCACUAACAAAAUCACGGGCAUGCACUAGUAUUUAAAUAAAGGUAUUAUUAGCAAAUAUUAUAAUUGUAAUAUUAUUAAAUUAAGGCGUUACAUGAAAUACCCAGUUACUUUUGGCUUUGUUGUAAAUUUGUUUAUCAUUAUUGGCCGAAUAUUAGAAUAUUAUAAUGAUAAUAUAAUACGGGCCUAUUAAUAUAGUCUGUAUUAGAUAUCGUAUUAUACGUUACCAAUAUUUGAAUGUCGUAUUAUUGUAUAUAGGUAUUAUAGAGUGUGCAUAGUGGCUAAAUACAGUUGUUAACGUGACCACAUCUUAUGACCAUAAAUUGUUCGUUUAACGUAUAGUACAUAAAACAUAUCAUACCAUUGUUAUAUUAAUAUUCAAUAAUAAUAACAACCAUAAUAAAAAAAAACUCCGUUUUUCUGGGGAUUCUAUAUUAUAUGUAACUAUAAAAUUAUUCUAAUAAAAGGACGACGAAUAAUUAAUAUUUGCUAGUAAGUUAUGUUAUUCCAUUAAAGCCGAGGUACGGAUUUUAUAAUCAAUAUUAAAUAUUUAUAAUGUAGAAAAAUGAUUAUUAUUGGUACUGCCCUAAUUUUUGCUGUUCCCUAAAGGCUGUUUUACGAUGAAGUGACAACAUGCGAUAAUGCACCGUACUACAAAUCAAAACAUUAAUAAUUACGGAUUUCAUUUAUCCGUGCAGUAACAGCACGAUAUUCGUUUGAUCAGAUCUACCGAAAGCUUACCGAGCGCAUUACAUUCCAAUAUCAUUCAUUAGGAGCUACGAUGCUACAAACAGAUACACAGAUACACACGCCAAACUUAUAACACCCCUCUUUUUGGGUCGGGGGUUAAUCAGUAAGCUUUCGUUAGUGAAAAAUAUUAAUAUGUUGUCUAUAAGCAAGCCGGAUAUCGCUGCCGAAUCGAAACGAAAAUGGCCUUUUGUAAACUGAAAAAUGUUUGUCUUUUUGCUAUCCGUACCUACUUCUGAUUAUUGCGGCAAUUAGUGCUUUUCAUGAAAUGAUUUCAUCUCGUUUGUACAUCUGUAAGACGUACUGAUGUUAAUUUUACUCAUAUUUAUAUUGUAAUGUAAAGUUGAGAUUCGUUGCGUACAUUAAUCCUGUCUUCAUUGAUGACGAAAAACACGUUUUUGAAAUUAAAUUAAUAUUUGUUUAUUGAGCAUUCAUUUUGGCACAAGUGAUAUUAUAUUAUAGUGAUAUAAGUAGAAUUCAUGUUCAAUACUUAUAAUUAAUAUAAUGAAGUUGAAAUUGACUCAUUGUCAUUGUUUUUAUUGUUAUGAUGCUAUUACAUUAAAAAUCAUGGCAAUGCUUAUUGCCAAUUUUCGAUAUGCUCCGAAAUGAUUCUUCAUUUGCUCAAUUACAAUACAAAGAACAAUUGUUUUCUAAAUUGUAAUUCUUUUCUUGAAAUUGUUAUCUAUAUAUAAAUGUAUUAUUGCUUUGUAUAUUUAUAAUUCUGUGAAUAAAGUCUGAUUUUAGUUGAAAUUUUUUGUAAUCCAUGUGAUAUAAUAAGAGUAAAAAAUAUUCGAAUGACUUUGUUCUUUCAUUAAACUGUUUGUCCUUCUGCUUAUAUUAUAUUUAAAUUAUAUGUGGCACAGCUUUUUAUAUGUAAUAAUAAUAAUGUUGAAGUGGUAUAUGACGUUUUCAAUGUAUUGAUAUAAAAUUUAUAAAAUGUAUCUAUUGAUGUUGAGUAAUAUAAUGUAGAUUAUAAUACUUAUUUAUAAUAUAAUUAUAUUAUUAUUAUAUAAUAUUGAUACUGCAAAAACGAAUUGUGCCAAAUUGCAAUAUUAUACAGGUAAGACGAGCCAAUUUUACAUCCAGCCUUUAUUUUUUGUAUAAAAAUAAUAAAAACAGCUUUGAAUUGCAUUAUAAUCUCUUUGGUUUAAAAUGAAAUGGGAUAUUGAAAAAAUUAUUCCAUUACAUUUACAAGUAACUAGAAAACAGUUUUUCUAAGUAAAAUAUUUAUUUCCAACAGAAAAGUAUUUAUAACAGAAAAAAUAUAUUGUUUUUUACAAUCCGACCAAUAUAGUGAUUUUAAAACAAGAAGUUACCAUUUUUGUCAACAAAUUAACUAAAAAAAAAUGGUUUGUAUCACAAUUUUAUUGCCUACAUUAGUAAAAUAAAUAUUUAUGUAGGUACUUAUGAAUUAUGAAUGUCAUAAUACAUACUCAUUAAAAAUUAAGGUAGUUAAUAACUUAUAAUUUUUGUAGCAGAUAUUUUAUAAAAAAAAAUAUUAAAAAUGUAUACCAAAGAGUUUUAGGAUACAUUACAUAAUAUAUUAUAUAGUAAUAAUUAGUAUAUAAAUCGCAGUAAUAUGAUCUGGUUUGUUAUAUAAAUGUAAUUUGCAAGAGACGAAAGAAAUUCACUGCCGUCAUAACGAAGUUUUCGAUGUAUGCCGAUAGUUUACGUGUACUUUUAUAUAUUUAUAUUGUGUAAAUAUUAUUUCGUAAUUAUUAACAAACAUAUCUUUCAUAGGCGUAGCCUAAAAUAUACCUAACGCAGCUGUGGUCACUUACUACAUCUACAUUAUGCAUAUUUGUGGUGAUAUUAUCACAAAUAAUUUUAUUACAAUCGGGUUGGUUGUGUAUUUUUAACACGUUUUUUAAUGAAAAUAUUUCAUAGGCUGUACUGGUUGGUAACUCAUUUAAUUUACGAGCUAGAGACCUGUAGCAGACAGACAGACAGACAGACAGACAGACAGACAGACAGAUGGACAGACAGGCAGGUCACAUUCAUAAAAUAAUAUCUAUGGUAAUUAUUAUUGACGUACAAACAUCCAUUCCAUUUUCAUUACUAAAAUGGCUUCUUACGGCUCUUUUCCCUUAGUAUGCGAUCAGCUGAAGAGAAUUCUCAAAUCUGAUCAAUAUGAUGAACAUAAGAGCGCCCCCACAUACCCACCUUCUGGCUACGCCUAUGUUUAAAACUAAAGUCUUAGUACGAGAUUUUAUAUCACCAAUGUUGAUAAAAUUCGUAUGUCGGAACACAAUAACGUUAGAUUAAAAUGGAGCUAAAUGAGCUGGAUUUAAUGUCAAAAAUUCAGGAUCAUUGAUUUUAAUUUCACAACGUUUCCGCUUAGAGUGCUGGAUAUAGAUGUAUGGAUGAACUUGAACUUUAA